CGCAAUGAACUCAAUGGUCCCUCGCCCAAGUUUUGAACCAUUGGAGAAUCUGAACCGGAAAUAGGAACUGUCCAUUUCCCGGAAGUCCAGGAGACCUGUUUUUGUUACUAGAGGGACUUAUGUUGUGAAAAUGGCGGCGUCUCGUCGCUCUUCGCAGCAGCAGCAAAGCCUGCCAUCCCCUCCUCGGAACACUUCUCUCUCUUCAACUCCUCCCGGUUCUCCGUCAGCGCCAGUGGGCGCAGCGAGUUUGGCUCCGGUGGGCGCCGAACAGGAUAAGAACGGCGAUUCGGACAUAACAUUGGCCUCCCCCGAUCUCCCUGCUCCGGCCCUGAGUAGCAGCAGCAGCACCAGCUCAAGUACAACAACCACCGGCGGGGGCGGCAGUGGAGGCUCGAGUCCCGAUUCAGGCAACACUAGUCCGGGGGGCGGCGGCUGCGGAACCAGUGGGGCUUUUCGGGAGCUGUUUGAGGCCUGUCGCAAUGGAGACGUAUCGCGGGUGAAAAGACUUGUGGACUCGGUAAAUGUAAACGCAAAGGACAUGGCUGGGCGCAAAUCUACUCCGCUACACUUCGCUGCAGGGUUCGGCAGGAAGGACGUGGUGGAGCACCUGCUGGAGACGGGCGCUAACGUGCACGCGCGGGACGACGGCGGGCUGAUCCCGCUGCACAACGCCUGCUCCUUCGGCCACGCCGAGGUGGUCAGCCUGCUGCUCUGCCAGGGCGCCGACCCCAACGCCCGCGACAACUGGAACUACACCCCGCUGCACGAGGCCGCCAUCAAGGGCAAGAUCGACGUCUGCAUCGUGCUGCUCCAGCACGGAGCCGACCCCACCAUCCGCAACACCGACGGCAAGUCCGCCCUGGACCUGGCCGACCCGUCCGCCAAGGCCGUGCUCACCGGUGAAUACAAGAAGGACGAUCUCCUCGAGGCUGCACGGAGCGGCAAUGAAGAGAAGCUCAUGGCUCUGCUCACUCCUUUAAACGUCAACUGUCACGCCAGCGACGGACGCAAGUCCACGCCCCUGCACCUGGCGGCCGGGUACAACCGCGUCCGAAUCGUCCAGCUGCUGCUGCAGCACGGAGCCGACGUCCACGCCAAGGACAAAGGCGGCCUGGUCCCUCUGCACAACGCCUGCUCCUACGGGCACUAUGAGGUCACUGAGCUGCUGCUCAAGCACGGCGCCUGCGUUAACGCCAUGGACCUGUGGCAGUUCACUCCGCUGCACGAGGCAGCGUCUAAGAACCGGGUGGAGGUGUGCUCGCUGCUCCUGAGCCACGGGGCCGACCCCACCCUCGCCAACUGCCACGGCAAGAGUGCGGUGGACAUGGCCCCCACCCCCGAGCUCAAAGAGCGGCUCACCUAUGAGUUCAAAGGUCACACUUUGCUCCAGGCGGCUCGGGAGGCGGACGUGGCGAAGGUGAAGAAGACCCUCGCUCUGGAGAUCAUCAACUUCAAGCACCCGCAGUCCCAUGAGACAGCGCUGCACUGCGCCGUCGCCUCUCCGCACCCCAAACGCAAGCAGGUCACCGAGCUGCUGCUGCGCAAGGGAGCCAACGCCAACGAGAAGAACAAAGACUUCAUGACCCUGCACGUGGUCGCGGAGAGAGCCCACAACGACGUCAUGGAAGCGCUGCAGAAGCACGGGGCCAAGGUGAACGCGCUGGACACGCUGGGGCAGACGGCGCUCCACAGGGCCGCUCUGGCGGGGCACCUGCAGACCUGCAGGCUGCUGCUGAGCCACGGGGCCGACCCCGCCAUCGUGUCCCUGCAGGGCUUCACCCCCGCACAGAUGGGCAACGAGGCCGUGCAGCAGAUCCUCAACGAAAACAUUCCGGUGCACAACUCCGACGUGGACUACCGGCUUCUGGAAGCAGCCAAAGCCGGAGACCUGGACACUGUGAAGCAGCUCUGCUCCCCUCAGAAUGUGAACUGCCGGGACCUGGAGGGCCGCCACUCCACCCCGCUGCACUUCGCCGCCGGCUACAACCGCGUGGCCGUGGUGGAGUACCUGCUGCACCACGGCGCCGACGUCCACGCCAAGGACAAGGGCGGCCUGGUCCCCCUGCACAACGCCUGCUCCUACGGGCACUACGAGGUGGCCGAGCUGCUGGUCCGGCACGGGGCGUCGGUCAACGUGGCCGACCUGUGGAAGUUCACCCCUCUGCACGAGGCCGCUGCCAAGGGCAAAUACGAGAUCUGCAAGCUGCUGCUGAAGCACGGGGCGGACCCCACCAAGAAGAACCGUGACGGGAACACGCCGCUGGACAUGGUGAAGGAGGGCGACACGGACAUCCAGGACCUGCUGCGGGGCGACGCCGCCCUGCUGGACGCGGCGAAGAAGGGCUGCCUGGCCCGCGUGCAGAAGCUCUGCUGCCCCGACAACAUCAACUGCAGGGACACGCAGGGGCGCAACUCUACCCCCCUGCACCUGGCAGCUGGCUACAACAAUCUGGAGGUGGCGGAGUACCUGCUGGAACACGGGGCAGAUGUGAAUGCGCAGGACAAGGGGGGGCUCAUCCCCCUCCACAACGCUGCUUCCUAUGGGCACGUGGACAUCGCGGCGCUGCUCAUAAAGUACAGCACGUGUGUGAACGCCACGGACAAGUGGGCCUUCACCCCGCUGCACGAGGCGGCGCAGAAGGGGCGCACCCAGCUGUGCGCCCUCCUGCUGGCGCACGGCGCCGACCCCACCAUGAAGAACCAGGAGGGCCAGACGCCGCUGGACCUGGCCACGGCUGAUGACAUCAGAGCGCUGCUGAUGGACGCCAUGCCCCCGGACGCCCUGCCCAGCUGCCUGAAGCCGCAGGCCACGGUGGUGAGCGCCGCGGGGGUCAGCGCCGCCGUCAUCUCGCCCGCCUCCACGCCGUCCUGCCUGUCCGCCGCCAGCAGCGUGGACAACCUGGCGGGGCCCCUGGCCGAGCUGGGCGGGGCCGGGCCCUCGGGGGCCGCCGACGGGGCCACGGGCUCCGACAGGAAGGAGGGAGAGAUCACGGUUCUCGACAUGAACAUCAGUCAGUUCCUGAAGAGCUUGGGCUUGGAGCACCUGCGGGACAUCUUCGAGCGGGAGCAGAUCACGCUGGACGUUUUGGCGGACAUGGGCCACGAGGAGCUGAAGGAGAUCGGCAUCAACGCCUACGGCCACCGGCACAAGCUCAUCAAGGGCAUCGAGAGACUGCUGGGCGGGCAGCAAGGUGCCAACCCCUACCUGACCUUCCACUGUGCCAGCCAGGGCACCCUGCUGAUCGACCUGGCGCCCGACGACAAGGAGUUCCAGUCCGUGGAGGAGGAGAUGCAGAGCACGAUUCGGGAGCACAGGGACGGAGGCAACGCCGGCGGCGUGUUCGUCAGGUACAACGUUCUAAAGAUCCAGAAGAUCGUAAACAAGAAGCUGAGAGAGCGGUACACCCACCGGCAGAAGGAGAUCUCCGACGAGAACCACAACCACCACAACGAGCGCAUGCUGUUCCACGGGUCUCCGUUCAUAAACGCCAUCAUACACAAGGGCUUCGACGAGCGCCACGCCUACAUCGGGGGCAUGUUCGGGGCCGGGAUCUACUUCGCCGAAAACUCGUCCAAGAGCAACCAGUACGUGUACGGCAUCGGGGGCGGGACCGGCUGCCCCACCCACAAGGACCGGUCCUGUUACAUCUGCCACAGGCAAAUGCUGUUCUGCCGGGUGACCCUGGGGAAGUCCUUCCUGCAGUUCAGUGCCAUGAAGAUGGCCCACGCUCCCCCGGGACACCACUCCGUCAUCGGGAGGCCCAGCGUCAACGGCCUGGCCUACGCAGAGUACGUCAUCUACAGAGGGGAGCAGGCGUUCCCGGAGUAUCUGAUCACGUACCAGAUCAUGAAGCCAGAGAGCACAGCCCAACCCACAGCUGGCGCGGAGCAGAAGUCCUAGUCCAGCACCCCCCUCCACCCCCCCGCGCAACUGCAGACUGCUGCCCAACACUACACACAUUCUGGCCCCCUCCCACCCCCCCUCCCUGUGUAACUGCAGACUGCUGCCCAACACAACACACAUUCUGGGUCCAAACGGCAGUUAGCCCCCCAACCCCAUCACCCUCUACUCAUACAUUCGUGUGAAGAGCUAGUUUUUUUAACUGGGGGGGAAAGAAACCUUUUUGGUUACAAGCUGCCUGUGUUGUUUUUCCCCUUCCCUGUCGGUGUUUAUGGAGGUUGCCUUCAUGUGAAAAUCCCGCUUUCUCCCCCCCGCGGUGUUCUGACCCCGCCCCUUGGCCUUGGCCUUUGGGUUCUCUUAAAGGCGUAGCUCACGGUGCGGCGGGAACCAGCGCUGGACCGCGGCGUGUGCUGUUGCUGCGUUUACAGGCUGUGGGAGAGCGGUCUGGUAACGGGUCGGUCCUGGUCCUGGGGGGCCGCGGGGGCCGCGGGGGUGGGGGUGUUCUGUUUUCACCCCGUAAGCUGGACCCAGGAGAAUUCGGUGGGUGAACCCGCUGCGCUGAAGUAGCGCCUUUGAUCCGGUCUGUGUGCUGAUAAAGCGCCCUGCGGCUCUGCAGCACCUCACCUGGGGCCCCUGGCCUAGAGAGGCACCCUGAAUGGUGAGCACAUGGAAAAGAGCCAAACCGCUUCCUUCCAUCCCCCUGCCUGUCCUCCAAACCGCUUCCUUCCAUCCCCGUCUGUCCUCCAAACCACUUCCUUCCAUCCCCCUGCCUGUCCUCAAACCGCUUCCUUCCAUUCCCCUGCCUGUCCUUCAAACCUCUUCCUUCCAUCCCCCUGCCUGUCCUCAAAACACUUCCUUCCAUCCCCCUGUCUGUCCUCCAAACCGCUUCCUUCCAUCCCCCUGCCUGUCCUCCAAACGCUUCCUUCCAUCCCCCUGCCUGUCCUCCAAACCGCUUCCUUCCAUCCCCCUGCCUGUCCUCAAACCGCUUCCUUCCAUCCCCCUGCCUGUCCUCAAACCGCUUCCUUCCAUCCCCCUGCCUGUCCUCAAAACACUUCCUUCCAUCCCCCUGCCUGUCCUCCAAACGCUUCCUUCCAUCCUCCGGCCUGUCCUUCAAACCUCUUCCUUCCAUCCCCCUGCCUGUGCUCCAAACCUCUUCCUUCCAUCCCCCUGCCUGUCCUCCAAACCGCUUCCUUCCAUCCCCCUGCCUGUCCUCCAUUACGUUCCCUCCUGUGGAGUUGCUUCAUCCGCCGUAGUUUUAACUCGAGCCGUGAAAUCGCGAAACUGUGUUCACCCCGUUGGUUUUGUUCUGUCUUUUUUUAUUAUCCUUAAGAUGAGUAGCAUUAUUUUCUCAUUUGUUUUUAAAAUGGCAUCCAGUGGACCGUAUCGCAGAGUUGGGUCUGCCUUUUUUUAGGCUUUUCUGUGGGCUGAAGAGGCCUGUCUGGAAAAGAGUGUAGCAAAUGUAAUUAACUUUUUUUUUUUUUUUACUUUGGUUUUUAAGAGGUUGUAGAACCUGAGGGGCUGUUCUACUGGAAAAUGUGAGAAAGCAAUCUACCCCUCCAGCUGCCUGCUCUUUGCACCAAACGUCCCCCCCAAAUGUCCCCCCCCCAAAUGCCCCCUCCCCAAAGGCCCCCCCUCCCAAACGCCCCCUCCCCAAACGCCUCCCCCCCGCCAAAGUCCCAUCGUCUUAUCUGCAUAACUCCCGUUUUUAAGGAAUUGCACUUUUAAUGCAGGAAACAUUUAAGUUAUUUACAAUGAAAUAAAAAGGACAUUGUUGAAAAAGAUAUGUUCAUAAAUGUACAGGUUGUGUAAAGGACACUGUAAAGCUUUUGAUGUUUAAUGAUGACGUUUGGCUUUUACUUGUAUUGUAAAUGAAGUGGGAUUAUUUUGGGUAUUUUUUCUUUUUCUUUUAUUUUUGGAGGAGCAACACGAUCGUAUAACUGAGCGGUCCUGUUUGGUAUUCUCUGCGCUUUCUGAAUAAACAUUUACUGUGGAAGGUGUGCCUCCUUCAAUCCAAUACCCACAUUUUUUAUUUGGUUUUUUUGAUGUUUUUUCCUUUGUCACCAUAAGAUGAAAUCUUUCAGAUGAUUAUGGUUAAACAUACUGGUAACACUACCACUGAAUAUUAAGCUAACUGCAGGAGCCAGAACUGUAAGACAGAAGUGGUCACAUGAUGAAGGCAUGAACUCUGGGUAAUGAAGUCAGCCUGAUGUGACAUCAUGAGCCUAGGAUGUAGGUUUGUGUGGCAUAGAUGCUAGAGCGUUACCAAUAGCAAAUUGGGCAGUUCUCAACUCUACUCUGUUUACAACUGGCUGGCUAUUCUCUUACCGGCCGCCAGUCGUGUACAAAACCCUCAGCUGUCCGACGAAAUCUGCCCUGUGCCUGAAAACCCUUGUUAUUUGGUUGUUGCUUGUCUUUUAAACUUUUUUUUUUCUUAACCAAGCCCUCCGCUGACGUGUUUAACACUUAUCAAGUAGUCGCAAGACCACUAAAACACUCAACACUGUAAAUCAGUUUUAAUAAAAUAAAAAUGGCGCGUCA